ACCCCUUCGAUUCCCGCGAAGCAACCCGCAGUUCCCUCCUGUCCACGCUCGACUGAGGGCCGCUCCGCCGCCGUGUAAUCCCCAUGCGUGUGCCUUUACGUGAUUUCCCUUCAAUCGAGAGCCCCGCGUUUGCCGCAAUUCUGCAACACGCAUCGCACGCGUGCGAGUUUCGUUGUCGCCGUGCGAAUCUCAGGCGGAUAAAUGUUUAGUGCCCCGAGUGUUGAAAGUUUCUCUGACUCUGGAAUGUACCAAUCGGAGGAGGUUAUUCAGAAAGGAUAACGUUGGAAGUUAUUCAUCUGAAAUGAAAGAGGCUGUCGGAAGAGUGAUAUAUUUAUUGGUUUUCUUGGUGCCGGGUACUUUGCCAAUUCCUGCCUGUAGAAUCUCCGAAUUUCCCUGCAGAAACGGACGCUGCAUUCGAUUGGAUCAAUACUGCAAUGGGAUCGCCGACUGCCCGGAUAAAUCGGACGAGCCGCGCUACUGCACAGUUUGCAAUCGGACAUAUUACGGUGACAUUCCCACGACGUAUUCACUGUCACUGCCUAGACCUAAAGAUGAGAAACUGCCAUUUUUGUGCCAUUUGACAUUCACUGCCAACGGAAGAGAAAAUGGAGAGCUCGUUCAGCUGAUGUUCGAGUCGUUCGAGCUGGGGCGUUACGAGGCGGCUAGCCCGGAGGGCUGUCCGGACGGUCACAUGCAGCUCUCGGAGCUCGGGCGGCCGUUCACGGGGGGCUUCUGGUGCGGCGCCGCCUCCGCUCCGGCCGUCUACUUCACGGAGACCUCCACGGUGACCAUCACGCUGCGUCUCUUCCAGCCCCCUUCCGGGACCCAGGCCCCGCCGUUCUCCUUCCGGCUCCGCUACAAGUUCGUCGGCGACGAGGCCGCCGUUGUCCGCUUCGGCACCCUCGCCGCCCCCCUCGAGCGCGGCGACAUCGUGCCCGGCACCUACUGCUCCCGCAACUUCUACGAGUGCUACUUCAAGCGCUGCCGCAUCCAGUCCCCCAACUACCCUGGCAUCUACCCCCGCAACGUCACCUGCUAUCUCACCAUCCGCCAGAAGAAGGUGCCGACGUGCAAGCACGCCAUGAUCUCGGUGCGGCAGGACAACGGACAUAAGAUGCAGAUCCGGUCCCUGCGGGAGGGAGCGUCGGCGUCGGCGACGGGAGGGACGUCGGGCGUCCAGGCAGGGACGAACCGGACGGAGAGGCGACUGCGGGUGUGGGAGGACUGCACGAGCGAAAGGGACCACCUCAUGUUCUACGACGGCGCCUCCACGGACGACCCCCUGCUCGUCAAGUAUUGCGGGGGCGACUGGCUCCCCAAGAUCGUCUCCAGGGGCCCGGUCAUGCUCGUCACCUUCCACUCCUCCCCCUACAGCGUCCCCCUCAGCCCCCCUGGAGCCACGUCCCCCCUCCGUGGAUUCGAGUUGGACGUGGAUAUCCUCUUCUCGGACUCCGAUUCUUUGGAUUUCGCUCGACAAUCGAGGAGUUGCGAGUUCCUGGUGAACGCCUCCCACCCGGACAGCGACGACGCGAUGCAGCGCUCUCGCGGGCGCGAGGGUUUCGUGCUCAGCCCGCGCCACACUCUGCCGGCCAACUCGACCUGCGUCUACCGGUUCCGCGGCUCGGAGGCGGACCUCGUCUGGCUCUACUUCGUCAGCUACGCUCACCACCCCCUCCGGCAGCGGAACGCGAGCCACGUCGCCGUCCCGGAGCGGGAGAGCUGCGCCACGCGGCUGCGGAUCUGGGACGGCGGCGGGAGCGUCCUCGGCGACCACUGCGACGCCCCGAAGCUCUGCGACCACGCCACCCUCGCCAACGCCACCCGCCGCGGGAGACCCUGCUCCAUCGAGGAGAGCUACGUUUCCUUCUCGAACAGCAUCGUCAUCCAGCACAAGUCCACCCCCGGCACGGCCCUCCACCCGGCCUCCUUCCGGCUCCGCUACGAGUUCGUCGACACGAGGCUCGGCGGUGAGCCCUACUUCGGCCGCAAGGAUGAUGACGUGCCAACAACGACUUGCAGCCGUCUUUUCCGGAAGAUGCGAUCGGGGCAGAUCCACACGCCGAAGAACGUGUUCCUGUACGGUCGGGGCGGGACGGCGAACCUGAGCUGCUACUACCGGAUCGAGGCCGGGCCGGGCGAGCGGGUCCAGCUCACCAUCCGCAACGUGAGCUUCGGCGAGCGGGCCGAGUGCUACACGGAGGCGGACCCGCACACCGGCCGAUACGUCUGCGCCCGGAGCCCCGAGCGAGCCGCCCGCAAGAACUACGAGCUCCUCGUCACCGAGGCCCCGUGGCGGGACGUCCGCACCGCCAAGGCCUGCAUCUGCAACAACGCCACCUCCGCCGCCGCGCAGCAGGCCCUCAACACCCUCCAGGCGCUCACCUUCACCUCCGCCACCAAGGUGCUGGAGUUAACAUUCAAGAUCUUCAACAUGAACAUGACGGAGGACUACAAGGACGUGUACUUCUACGCGGAGUUCGAGAUGGUGCGGGCGGCGGACUGCGCGCGGAAGCAGCGGCUCCGCGGCUCCGGGGGCGAGAUCGAGUUCGCGAACCCCCCGCAGAGUCGGGCCGACAAGCAGUGCUUCGGCGCGCCGUGGUUCAUCGAGGCCAACGAGAACAAGAGCCUCUUCCUCAUGACCUGGGGGCAUCUCCUCCCCCUCCACCCCGCCCCCGAUGAGCCCGUCAAGUGCCACACCAGGAACAGGAUCCUCCUCUACUACGGAACCACCAAACGGCUUUCCCACGUGAUCUGUCCGGCGCUGCAUAGCUCCCGCCAGUCAGAGCUUCACAUCUUCUCGGAGGAGUGGUUCGGCUACCAGGAGGAGGACGAGACCCACGGCGGGGGCCCUUUGCAGAACCCGCGGACGCCCAACUUCCUACUGGAGUUCGUGGCUCGGGAGCCAGGGGGCGCCACGGUGAACUGGCUCGAGGUCUCCAGGCCCAAAUCGUCCUUCCUGAAGCAGCUCCACCCGUCGUCGGAACUCAUCGAGGAGCAGACGAUCGGGGUGGUCGGCCCGGUGGUGGGUGGGAACACGACGGAUCCGGGGUGCCCGCACAAGUGCCACGACUUGAACGCCUGCAUCAGCGCCGUGCUCUGGUGCGACGGCGUCCGCAACUGCCCGGACGGCUCCGACGAGAACCCGGCCGUCUGCGGGGUCUCCCGGCUCAUCUUCACCCUCCUGCCCACCUACGCCAUCCUCGGCGGGGGCGUCGCCAGCUCGGCCGCCUGCUUCGUCGUCCUCUGCUUCUUGGCCCUGCACAGGAGUCACCAGCGGAAGAGGCGCCUCCUCGGCGCCGACAAGAUGGGCGCCUCCCAGAGGGCGCCCACCGAGGAGUUCCUAGUCAAUUCCCAGGGAUCGCUCGCCUCGUCCUGACAGCACGCCAACUCGGUGGAGUUCAUCCGCAUUGAUAGGGAAACCACCGUUUAGCCGCUCAAACCCCUCGAAUUUUCCGUUCGUCCGAUUUGGAUACCUAUUUAGAAAUAAUGCAGCCGUAAGGUCGUAUUCAUGGUUGUGCCUCGUGAUAUGAUUCGUCGUUCCCCAGACGAACUGCGUUUCAUUGUUGCUGAAUGGACUGCGUUAAACAGAAAGGAACCAAGCCACAUCAGCUAUUGUCAUUUAAC